AUGAAGAUGGUGCGGAAAGCAAAGGAAGCCCCUGCCCCUCCCAAAGCUGAAGCCAAAGCAAAGGCUUUGAAGGCCAAGAAAGCAGUCCUGGAAGGCAUCCACAGUCACACAAAAAAAGAUCUUCCUGUCACCUACAUUCCUUCAGAGACACUGUAUCUAAGAAGGCAUCCCAAAUAUUCUGGACGUGCCCCCAGGAGAAAUAAGCUUGACCACGAUGGCAUCAUCAAACUCCCCCUGACUACUGAGUCAGCCGUGAAGAAAAUAGAAGACAACAACACUCUUGUGUUCAUUGUGGAUGUCAAGGCCAACAAGCACCAGAUCAAACAGGCUCUGAGGAAGCUCUAUGACAUUGACAUGGCCAAGGUCAACACUCUGAUCAAGCCCCAUGGAGGAAAGAAGGCAUAUGUUUGACUGACUCCUGACUGUGAUGCUUUGGAUGUUGCCAACAAAAUUGGGAUCAUCUAAACUGUGUCCAGCUGGCUAAAUCUAAAUAUAAAUUUUUUCACCA